AUGGACGUACACCUGGAAGUCACCCUUCUGUGUGGUAUCCUAGCCAUCUGUAUUUUCAUGCUCAUCAUUCGUUCCUUGAGCGUUGACACCACGUUCGCUAACGGCCUCCCUUGGGCCGACCUUCGAGACGAAGUCUUCAAGACGACACGAGCGUCAUUGCGACAGCUAAUCAGUUGUACACAGGUUUUGCAAGAGGCAUAUACGAAGUUCAGCAAAAAAGGUCAACCUUUCGUUGUGUCGGACUUCAGCUUCCAACCGCAGAUCCUGCUUCCCCAGGACUACAUCAAAUGGCUCACGACGCAAUCUGACACCGUACUUUCCGUAUGGCCUGUCCGAAGUAAGAGGCGCGCUUUGGGUGCCAUGAUGUCUACCGUAGAUCACAAGACAACUAUUGCCUUCAUGGACAAGAUCGUUGGCCGCUUCCUCACACGCAAUCUCGACAAGGUCCAAGCUGAUGUCUCUGAGGAGAUGGGUGCCAGUGUCGACUGUGCCAUGGGGAUGGACGAGAAGAAUUGGCACGAGGUGAACUUGAUGCAGACUUUCAAAGAUAUUGGGGAUAGAACUGGGGUUCGAGCUUUGUUUGGCUUGACGUUAUGUCGUGAUCAGCACUUCUUACGGGUUUUGACCCAUUUCAAAACUUUGAUGGGAAUCGGUAUCCUUCUUAGUGGGCAAUUGCCCCCGAUCAUCCGUCCUAUCGUUGGCUUGCUGCUCAUUCUGCCUUUCCGAAUCUGCAAAGCCAGAGUCAAGAAAGUCCUUACGCCUAUCGUCAAGCAACGCAUGCACGAAGUCGCGUGUGAGCAGGACGACGCAACAAUGAGGAACGAAUCGCAGGAUUUUCUCACCCAGAGCGUGAGAGUGAUCAUGAAGGAUAAAGAAAUCGCCCAUCAGAGCGCGGAAUACGUUGCUGACCAAUUUCUGGUCCUUACCUUUGACAUCUGGAAAUGCGCAAACAUACCAUUCUCUGACGGUAUAGACCCACAGUCCUUCGCAACGCUCGCAUCAACUUCCCUAGUCGCCAGCAAUCUCUUCCUAGACAUCAUAAGCAGCGGCCCCUCGCUCGACGCAUACGAGCGCUUGCGCUCAGAGGCAGCCAGCGUAUUCAAAUCGGAAGGCGACUGGGCGGAUCCGACAGCCUUGAAGAAGCUGGUACUCACGGACAGCGCCAUACGGGAAAGCAUACGACGCAGUUCCAUUCAAACCCGCGGCUUACUGAGGGCCGUGGUAUCUCCAGACGGUGUCACCUUACCAAACGGUACUCAUGUUCCUCAAGGCACCUGGCUGGGAGUACCCGUGCAAGCUGUGCACAUGGACGGGGAUUUGUAUGAUAAGCCGUACGAGUAUAACCCUUUUCGCUUCGCGGUGAUGAGGUCCGAGAGUAAUGUUCCCAGCCACGAGAAGGUCGAUGCAACUGACAUCAGCGACACGUUUCUGGGGUGGAGUUAUGGUCGUUAUGCCUGUCCCGGCCGCUGGUUCGCUGUUCAGAACCUCAAGCUCAUGGUUGCUUACCUCACUCUCAACUACGAGAUCCAGCCCAUUGCCGAGCGACCUGAGAGCAUUGUCUUUGGAGAUGCAAACGUGCCGUCUAUGUCUGCUUGUAUCAAGGUGCGUAGGAGGAGGAGGGCACAAGGUUGA